ACUCAGUUUAGGAGGGAAUGACUUCUUGCCUAAAUUUCAUGGAAUUUCACACAAGAAGACACUAGAAACCUACAUGAGUCAAGAUAUAUUCAGAUCAAGACUCUUCAAAAUUGAGACAGAUGAGGAGUCAGGAAGUUUUACAGUAUCGUUUGAUUCUGCCAUAUACAAAGAGAUGAUAAAAUACAUGUACACUCCAAAACAUCUAGACCCUAAACACCUCACCUAUGAAGAAAUGAGACAACUAUCAAUUCUACCCCCUAGAGCAAAAUCUUUAUUGGAGUAUAAAAAUCCACAAAACUGGAUGCCUCCAGCAUCAGAAAUUGAACAACUUAGCAAAAAUGUACAGUGUCUUGCUGAAUACUACCUCACCGCUGGGAAACAUGAUGCACCCCUGCCAAACUUCCUUGAAAACGGCUGUCUCCAGCGGUUACCUGAUGGAACAAUAGAGUACAACCUUGGUAGGGACUCUUCAAUUAAGGAAGUUCAAGAGGCUUUUACCUCAGACCAUGCUGACCUCUUAGGCAGAAUCAAAGAUAAUAAGAAAAGAAGGCAGGACGACACCCCACAGAAAGGAGCAAGACGAAAAUUGAAGCCAAAGGCCACUUCAACUCCAAAAAAGUCCUGUGAGAAAAAAUAGAACAGAGAAUACCUGCCAUAUCAUAGGACUGAACACUUGUGAAAUACUAUUGAGAUGCAUUUACUCGAAUUACAAUCAAACUUUAAAAAACAAUGACUGUAAAGACCAACCAUAGGAAAUAUAAUCUUUGUUAGAACUACUUACAGUACCGUAACAUUUACAUGUACAUAAUGAUGACAGUAUAUGUUCCAACAUCCAAUAUCCACCAAGAUAGCUAUUUUUAAUGCAGCUUUCAAAGAAAAUCAUAUCGAAGUGUCAAAUCAAAUUAUAUUAUUGGUAUUGAAUGCAUGCAAGAACGUAGUAUAAUGCUGUAAUUUGUCUAUACAUGUUAGUUCUUUACUCCUUUACAACUUGCUUUUUUGUAGAUUACUGCUACAAAAUGAUAUCUUGACAUGAUUGUUUUGUUAACAAAGGUCCAGUAACACUUAGAAUUAACUUACCGAAUAUUAUUUGUUGUUGACAGUUUAUUAAUAACACUAUAGUGUGUUUUAUUUUACUCUAACACAUGUUACCAUAUAUCUUUCUGUGACAUUUUAGUCGUUUCUGCAUGAAAAAGAGUUAUCAGAAGACAUUUCUCUCUUUUUUUAUGUAGGUUUAAAAAAAGGUACUAUUCUAUAUUUUUGUUGAAUAAUAUAACUUAAAAAGCAACACUAGGAUUCUUUUCUUUAAGUUAGCAAAUUAGGGUCAAUUAUUUCAUAAAGAUAAUUAUCUGUCUUGGUUGCUACUCAUAAUUAUUACUGUUACUGGGCCUUUAGACUAUUUCUUUACUAUUACUCCAAUAUGGACUGCUAAUUGUUAUUGUAAGUGAUAAAAAUUA